CGAGGAGAAGAUGGCCGUGGCCUGUUUUUCGGUAUGAGGCAGUAGUGGUGGCGGCGGCGGCAGGGACUAGUAUCCUGGUGUCGGGGGCACUUGAAGCUCUAGCUCCACCCAGCGAGCGCGCGUCCCUUCGUGCCUAGGCGAGAGCCGGCUCUUCUUCCUCUGGGAGAUGCGUUUGUCCCGGGCUAGGGGACGCUCUGGGAGUUCAUGCUGCGCUGGAGGCUCCUGGCCGCCGCUCUAAUCGUCUUGUGCCGCCGUAGCGCCAGCUUGGUCUCCGGCGGCGAGCCUCCCGGAUACUCCCCCGGCCCCUGGCGGAGGCGAUGACCGGGGAGAAAAUCCGCUCAUUGCGGAGGGACCACAAGCCCAGCAAAGAAGAGGAGGGGGACCUACUUGAGGCCGGGGAUGAGGAAGCGGCGGCUGCCCUCGGCGGCACCUUUACGGGAGGCAGGAUUGGCACAGGCGGCAGCGGCAAGGGCGGUAAAGCCUGUCAUAAGAUCUUCAGUAACCAUCACCACCGGCUACAGUUGAAGGCCGUUCCGGCCUCUUCCAAUCCCCCCGGCGCCCCGGCUUUGCCGCUGCACAAUUCCUCCUUGACUACCACCUCCCAGUCUCCGGCUGCUCUAACGGGCACCAAUUCCAUUGCUGUCGUCGCAGAUGGAGGUGGUUGUCCCGCACACUACCCAGUGCACGAGUGCGUCUUCAAGGGGGAUGUGAGGAGGUUGUCCUCUCUCAUUCGGACUCACAAUAUCGGGCAGAAAGAUAAUCACGGAAACACUCCUUUACAUCUUGCUGUGAUGUUAGGAAAUAAAGAAUGUGCCCAUUUACUUUUGGCUCAUAAUGCUCCAGUAAAAGUGAAAAAUGCUCAGGGAUGGAGUCCUCUGGCGGAAGCCAUCAGCUAUGGAGAUAGACAAAUGAUUACGGCACUUUUAAGGAAGCUUAAGCAGCAGUCCAGAGAAAGUGUUGAAGAAAAACGACCUCGAUUAUUAAAAGCCCUGAAAGAGCUAGGUGACUUUUAUCUAGAACUUCACUGGGAUUUUCAAAGCUGGGUGCCUUUACUUUCCCGAAUUCUGCCUUCUGAUGCGUGUAAAAUAUACAAACAAGGUAUCAAUAUCAGGCUUGACACAACUCUCAUAGACUUUACUGACAUGAAGUGCCAACGAGGGGAUUUAAGCUUCAUUUUCAAUGGGGAUGCGGCACCCUCUGAAUCUUUUGUAGUAUUAGACAAUGAACAAAAAGUUUAUCAGCGAAUACACCAUGAGGAAUCAGAGAUGGAAACAGAAGAAGAGGUUGACAUUUUAAUGAGCAGCGAUAUUUACUCUGCAACUUUAUCAACCAAAUCAAUUUCUUUCACACGUGCCCAAACAGGAUGGCUUUUUCGGGAAGAUAAAACAGAAAGAGUAGGAAACUUUUUGGCAGACUUUUAUCUCGUGAAUGGACUUGUUUUAGAAUCAAGGAAAAGAAGAGAACACCUCAGUGAAGAGGAUAUUCUUCGAAAUAAAGCCAUCAUGGAGAGUUUGAGUAAAGGAGGAAACAUAAUAGAACAGAAUUUUGAGCCGGUUCGAAGACAGUCCCUUACUCCUCCUGCUCAGAACACUAUUACAUGGGAAGAAUAUAUAUCUGCUGAAAAUGGAAAAGCUCCUCAUCUGGGUAGAGAACUAGUGUGCAAAGAGAGUAAGAAAACAUUUAAAGCGACAAUAGCCAUGAGCCAGGAAUUUCCCUUAGGAAUUGAGUCAUUAUUGAAUGUUUUAGAAGUAAUAGCUCCCUUCAAGCACUUUAACAAGCUUAGAGAAUUUGUUCAGAUGAAGCUUCCUCCAGGCUUUCCAGUAAAACUAGAUAUACCUGUGUUUCCCACGAUCACAGCCACUGUGACUUUCCAGGAGUUUCGCUAUGAUGAAUUUGAUGGCUCCAUCUUCACUAUACCUGAUGACUACAAGGAAGAUCCGAGCCGCUUUCCUGAUCUUUAACUGACCUGGAAAAUGAUGUCUCUUACCAAGGAAAGCAAGAGAAUAUAGAGACCCCAGAAAGGGAUAAACGCUUUCAGCGGAGAAAAGGGAAUUUACACAUUGAAUUGAUACGUCAGUCAUAUGAUAUAAUGAAAUGGGCAUCUAAUAAGAAUUUCAGCAUUUCUUGAUGUGCCAUUUUCAGUCUUUUUAAAAAUAUACAUAUUGUAAGUGUAAUAGUUUGACACCUUAAUGACCCUAAUAUCUUCUCAUGUAAAACAGCUAUGAGUGCUGUGAUUUGUUUUUAAAAAUUUUUACACUUCUUGUCGAAAUAUAUAUGCAUAUAAAAAUAUAUAUAUAUAUCUAUAUAUAAAACACUCCUGGACCAUUAACAUAAAUUAAAUGUCUUAAGAGAUACGAAGUUCUUUUAAACUUGUCAUCUUAUAUUGAAGGUGACAUUUAUAAAUAUUCCUUCAAGCUUUGUUUUCAUAAAAUAUAAACUAUGUAACAUUAUGUAUAGUUCAGUAAUUUGAAUGUUUGUUCAAUAUAAUGAACUAGAAGGAAUGCAGUUUUCUGUAGAUGAAUGAACCAAAUGGUAACCAUUAAACAAUUGCAUUUAUACAUUGCAAUACAUUUCAGAAGGAGUGUUCACUCUGCAGGGAAUAAGGUACCUCCUUUAGCACCUUAGUGCAAUUCAUUGUGGUGCUAUUUGUUUUUACCUGAAUUCUUUCUUCAGUGGAAAAUAUUUGUUACUAAUCUUCCUUUCAUAGAACCUCUCUUUUUUUUUUUUUUC